UCAACCACAGGUAUGCGCCUCUCACUCAACUCUGAGAAGACAUUAGUCAACAAAUGCCGAUACUUGGUGCUUUUAUCAAAAAAAAAUCCCAUGUGAAUGAAUGGAACAUAUUUUCAAACAAGAUAUCGCUCAAGAGUAUUUGCCGAACAUAGCUGAGAAGUUCACAUUUGAGAAUAACUGAUUUAAAGCCUGACCAUGGCGACAAUUGGAGAUUUCGACCCGCUCAACUCAACGGUACCUGCGACCAAGAUUGAAGUUACCGUUUCGUGCAGGAACCUGCUGAAUAUGGACACUUUCUCCAAAUCAGACCCUGUUGUAGUGUUGUACGUUCAAGGCAUCGGGACAAAGGAGUGGAGAGAGUUUGGCCGAACGGAAGUGAUCGAGAACACGCUGAACCCGGACUUUGUGCGGAAGUUUGUCCUGGAUUUCUUCUUCGAGGAGAAGCAGAAUCUUCGCUUUGAUGCGUACAAUGUGGACACCAGAAGUUCAAACAUUUCAAAACAUAAGGACUUCCUGGGCCAGAUGUUCUGCACUCUGGGGGAGAUCAUCGGUUCCACAGGCAGUCGGCUGGAGAGAACCCUCUCUGGGAUCCCAGGGAAAAAGUGUGGGAACAUCAUAUUCACCGCUGAGGAACUGAGUAACUGCAGGGACAUUGCUACCAUGCAGCUGUGUGCCAACAAGCUGGACAAGAAAGACUUCUUCGGCAAGUCAGACCCAUUCCUGGUCUUCUACCGCAGUAAUGAAGACGGAACGUUCACCAUCUGCCAUAAGACGGAGGUGGUAAAGAAUACUCUGAACCCUGUGUGGCAGCCCUUCACCAUCCCUGUACGAGCCCUCUGUAACGGAGACUAUGACAGGACAGUCAAGGUGGACGUGUAUGAUUGGGACAGAGAUGGAAGUCAUGACUUCAUUGGCGAGUUCACCACCAGCUACAGAGAAUUCUCCAGAGGCCAGAGCCAGUUCAACGUCUAUGAGGUUCUAAACCAUAAAAAGAAAGGCAAGAAGAAGAAAUACAUCAAUUCAGGGACAGUCACACUGCUGUCCUUUAAAGUGGAGUCAGAAUACACGUUUGUAGACUUCAUCCGGGGAGGGACGCAACUCAACUUCACAGUGGCCAUCGAUUUCACAGCGUCUAAUGGUAACCCAUCCCAGCCCACAUCUCUGCACUACAUGAGUCCCUACCAGAUGAAUGCCUACGCAAUGGCCCUGAAGGCUGUGGGGGAGAUCAUCCAGGAUUACGACAGUGACAAGAUGUUCCCUGCCUACGGCUUUGGAGCAAAGCUGCCCCCGGAUGGCAAGAUCUCCCAUGUCUUCCCACUGAACUCCAACAGUGAGAACCCAAACUGUGUGGGUAUCGAGGGAGUGUUGGAGGCCUACUUCCAGAGUCUCCGAACUGUUCAGCUCUACGGGCCCACCAACUUUGCUCCUGUCAUCAACCAGGUGGCACGGUGUGCUGAGGAUGUGACUGACGGAUCCCAGUACUUUGUGCUGUUGAUGAUCACAGACGGAGUCAUCUCAGACAUGGUGCAGACCAAGGAGGCUGUGGUCAAUGCUGCCGCUCUGCCCAUGUCUAUCAUCAUAGUGGGAGUGGGUCCUGCUGAGUUUGAUGCGAUGGAGGAACUGGAUGGUGACGAGGUCAGAGUGUCCUCUAAGGGGCGCAUUGCCGAGCGAGACAUAGUCCAGUUUGUGCCUUUCCGGGACUACAUAGACCGCCAGGGCAACCAGGUGCUGAGCAUGGCACGGCUGGCCAAGGACGUGUUGGCAGAAAUCCCUGAGCAGCUGCUGGGUUUCAUGAAGACGAGGGACAUCGAGCCCCGGCCCGCCUCCUCCACCACCACUACCACCCCGCCAGGACUCCACAAGCUGCGCAUCUGAGAGAGGGGUUUGGGUGGGGUCUUUGGUUCUUGGGUUUAGAGACAUUGUUUGGACCAUUUUCAGUUGCAGCAAAUACCUGAAGAGAC